UUUCUUCUUCUUCUUCUUCUUCUUUCAAUAUAUUUCUUACCUAUUGUGUAAACCAUCUCUUUCUUCAUCUCUAAAAGAAUGGAUGAUCAGUGGGUUAUCAAGGGCCACAUACUGGGGCAGAAAAUGUGCUAUAAUCCAGAGGGCUGGGGACCUUAUUCAGCUAUUAGAGAGCCUGACUUUACACCAUGCUUUGAAGACACUGUUAUCUUAUUAAUACCCUCAAUUUAUGUCUUCAUUGCUGGAUCUAUUCGUAUCUGGAAUUUAUCGAAGAGACCAUCAUUAUCUAAAGAUUUUACAAGGAACUGGCUUUACUUUAUUAAAAUGACAACUCUGCUUAUCCUCUUGUUCUUGUCGAUGGCAAAUUUAUUAUUCUCUAUUCAAGAAGCAUUUGCUAUUAUUGAUAAUGCUCAAAUUUUAGCACAAGGAUUUAAUGUGUUUAUUUUGGUAUUCGUCAUGAUACUCCAUCAUCUGGAAUAUACACGCAAUAAGGUUUCAUCUGGCGUUCUAUUAUUUUAUUGGCUUUUUGAUAUUAUUGUGGGAUCUAUCAAAUUAAGAACGAUGAUUAUCAGUCACGGAGAGACAGGCAACCAUCCUGACCAUUUCGCAAUGUACUUGAUAAAAUAUGCUUUGAGUGUUAUUAUAUUUAUUUUAGAAAAUGUAUCAAGACCUAAAAGUCAAUAUAUUAUAUUAGAGGAAGAUGAGAUGGUCUGUCCUAUAGAAAAGACAAAUAUUUUUGGUAGACUAACAUUCAGCUGGAUGACUCCAUUAAUGCAAUUGGGUUAUAAAAGUCCUUUAGUCAUGGAUGACUUAUGGAAUUUAAGACAUGAUGAUGAAACUGCAGUUAUAAGUCAAAAAUUCCAAAAGAAUUGGAAUAAAGAAUUACAGAAAGAAAAGCCUUCUCUUUUCCGAGCUUUAUUUAAGACUCUAGGUGGUCGAUUUAUGUUUGCAGCUCUAUUUAAAGCAAUUCAAGAUAUUUUACAAUUUCUUCAGCCUAUUUUGUUAAAGGAGCUUAUGGGUUGGGUUGGAAGCUAUUUAACUGAUAAUCCAGAACCAAGUUACAAAGGUGUUUUUAUUGCAGUUUUUAUGUUCAUAACUGCAUUCACACAAACUAUGUUUUUGCAUCAAUAUUUCCAUCUUUGUUUUACAACAGGUAUGAGAAUCCGUGCAGCUUUAGUUACAGCAAUUUAUCAAAAGACACUUGUAUUAAGUAACGCUAGUCGUCAACAAUCUACGGUCGGAGAGAUUGUCAAUCGUAUGAGUGUAGAUGCUCAACGUUUGAUGGAUUUGUGCACCAAUUUUCAUAUUAGUUGGAGCGGUCCCUUCCAAAUUAUAAUUGCGCUUUAUUUAUUAAGAAAGACAAUGGGACCUAGUAUUUGGGCAGGUGUAACUGUUUUAGUACUCGCUGUACCUAUGAAUAUGCUUAUUGCAAAAACUAUGCGUAAAUAUCAAAAGAUUCAAAUGGGCAAUAAAGAUGCAAGAGUUAAAUUAAUGAAUGAAAUUUUAAAUGGUAUUAAAGUUAUAAAGCUUUAUGCAUGGGAGACACCUUUCAUUGAAAAAGUUAAUUUUAUUCGUAAUGAUUUGGAAUUAACCAUGCUUAAGAAGAUUGGCUUAUUAGCAGCUAUGCAGACCUUCACUUGGACCUCAAUCCCCUUUUUCGUCUCCAUCCUUACAUUUGCGGUCUACGUCUUUACGUCUUCCACACCAUUAACAAGUCAGAUUGCCUUUGUUGCCAUCUCCUUAUUUGGUUUACUUCAGUUCCCUAUGGCCAUCUUUCCUAAUGUCAUUACAUCCAUUAUUGAGGCCUCUGUCUCCCUUUAUCGUAUUGAAGAUUAUCUCUCUAGUGAAGAAAUCGAUCCCUUGGCUAUUAAACGAGAAGAUUUUAGAAAGAUGUCUAACUGGAAUCCCAGUAUCCCCUUGGUCGAGGUCAGACAAGCUGAUUUCAAAUGGAAUAAGCAUGAUUCUAAAACGGAUCUAACUAAUAUCAACUUGGAUGUUAAGAAGGGCCAUCUGACAGCCAUUGUCGGUCGUGUCGGUUCUGGUAAAUCAACGUUGAUAAGUGCUAUUUUAGGUGAUAAUGUCAAAGUGGCUGGUGAUGUAACGCUACGUGGAUCUAUUGCCUAUGUUCCACAACAGCCCUGGAUCAUGAAUGCUACCUUGAGAGACAAUAUUGUUUUUGGACUUCGUUGGGAUCCUAACUUUUAUGAUCAAGUCCUAGAGGCUUGCUCUUUAAAGCCAGAUCUUAAAGUCUUGGCGAAUGGUGAUCUGACAGAGAUUGGUGAACGUGGUAUUAACCUAUCUGGUGGUCAAAAGGCUCGUAUCUCCUUGGCUCGUGCAUUAUAUGCUCGUGCGGAUAUCUAUUUAUUAGAUGAUCCCUUGAGUGCCGUUGAUGCUCAUGUUGGACGUCAUUUGUUUGACCAUGUCAUUGGUCCUAAUGGUUUAUUAAAGAAUAAGGCACGUUUAUUAGUUACACAUGCAAUUGCAUACCUUGAUAAGGUUGAUCAGGUCGUCAUGCUGCGUAAUGGUAAAAUUGAAAUGAAGGGUACCUAUGACGAACUCAUGGAGGAAGAGGGAAGCGAAUUGUAUAAGCUUGUACGUGAAUUUGGUAACCAAUUGCCUAAAGAAGAGCUGGGUAUCAUGGACAAUGAUGAUACAACCGCUACAUCCUCUGUUGUUGAUGAGGAAGCAUUAGAGGCUAUGGAAGGUGAACUCUCUGCAAGUCUUGGUCACUGUGAGGAAGAGGCAUCUAUAAAUCGAGAUAUGAUGCGUCGUCAUGCAAAUGAACGUAGAGUAAGCUUGAGUAGUUUGAUUAGUGAAGUAUCCACACUCAGACGUGGCUCGAUUGCAUCCUCUAUUUUCAAGAGUCAACGUAACGGGAGAGGAGGUCAUGUAUCAAGAACUGCUGGCCAAUUGAUAACAGAAGAAAAGAGCGCUCAAGGGAAGGUAUCCUGGAGUGUGUAUCAACACUAUGCUAAAGCUUGUUCUACGGUUGGAGUCAUUGCCGUCUUACUCCUUCAGUGCUCCUCUCAAGGUGCACAGGUUGGAUCAAAUAUAUGGCUUAAAUAUUGGAGUGGCAAGAAUUUAGAAGAAGGUACGAAUCGUGAUAUUUGGCUUAACUUGGGUAUUUAUGCUAUUAUUGGAUGGUCUUCUACGAUUUUUGCCUUUUCACAAACGAUGAUUAUGUGGGUCUUCUGUGGUAUUCGAUCUGCCCGAUUUCUUCAUAAUAGUAUGUUGAAUACCGUUCUAAGGACACCCAUGUCCUUCUUUGACACAACACCUUUAGGCAGAAUUUUAAAUCGCUUCAGUAAGGAUGAACAUACGAUUGAUGAAGUGCUACCUAGAAACUUUAAUAUGUACGUUCGUGUCCUGGCUCAAGUUCUUGCCACGGUCCUUAUCAUCACUUUUUCAACGCCUUUCUUCUUAAUUUUGGUUAUUCCGUUAGCCUUUGUUUAUAUGGGUGUCCAAAAGUAUUACCUUGCUACCUCUCGUGAAUUAAAGCGUUUAGAUUCAGUUGGUAAAAGCCCUAUUUACUCCCAUUUCCAAGAAACGAUUCAGGGCGUCUCAACAAUUCGUGCUUAUGAACAACAACGUGUAUUUAUCUAUCAAAAUCAACAUAAACUAGACACAAAUCAGCGUACUUAUUUCCCAUCCAUUUCCUGUAAUCGAUGGUUGGCUGUUCGUCUCGAGUUCUUGGGUUCAGUCAUUAUAUUUGGCUCAUCCUUAUUUGCUGUCUUUGGAGUCCUUUAUGGUUCUAAAUCCUAUAUUGAUCCUGGUCUUGUCGGUUUAAGCGUUUCAUAUGCACUUAGCGUAACGCAAGCAUUGAAUUGGGUCAUUCGUUCUUACUGUGAUAUUGAAACAAAUAUUGUUUCUGUGGAACGAGUCAAGGAAUACAUUGAUUUGCCUCGUGAAAGAUACGAGGCUACUCGAACUGUAGAUCCUAUGUGGCCUACAAAGGGACAUAUUGAAUUUAAUGGUUAUUCAACACGCUAUCGAGAAGGACUCGAUUUCUGUCUUCGAGAAUUAUCAUUUACGAUUGCACCUAAAGAAAAGAUUGGUAUCGUUGGUCGUACAGGUGCAGGCAAGAGUUCAUUAAGUUUAGCACUUUUCCGUAUUAUUGAAGCAGCUAAAGGAAAUAUUCUAAUUGAUGGUAUUGAUAUUUCUUCACUUCGACUUUUUGAUCUUCGAUCAAGAUUAACCAUCAUUCCACAAGAUCCAGUCCUGUUUGCUGGUACAGUUAGAGAAAAUUUAGAUCCUUUUGGUACACAUGAUGAUGUUGAAAUUUGGCAAGCUUUAGAAAAUGCACAUUUGAAAGAACAUGUUGCAGCCAUGGAAGGUCAAUUGAAUGGUGUUGUAAUAGAAGGUGGAGAUAACUUUUCAGUUGGUCAAAGACAGCUUAUUUGUCUUGCCCGCGCUUUACUUCGUCAUACAACAAUUUUAAUCUUGGACGAAGCUACAGCAGCAAUUGAUGUUGAGACAGAUGCUAUUAUUCAAGAAACUAUUCGUAAACAAUUUGCAAACUGUACAAUUUUAACCAUUGCUCACAGAAUUAAUACUGUCAUGGACUCAGAUAGAAUUCUUGUAUUGGAUAAGGGAAUGAUUGCUGAAUUUGAUUCACCAAAGAAUUUAUUGACAAACAAAGAAUCUCAAUUUUAUUCACUUUCAAAAGAAGCUGGCUUAGUUGAUUGAUAAUUAGAUUUUUUCCUUUUCCUUUCCCGAACCCUUUAUUUCUUUUUAUGUCAUUAAAAAUAAAAUAAAUAUUUAUCAUGAUAUGAAACAAGCAUUUUAUGUAAAUAAAAAAUAUAGUCAU